AACAUAUAUUUUAACGUUUUUGUGAAGUGGCAUAGGAGGAGUGCAAAAGAGACGGCUUUUUUCUUUUCUUCCCAGAACCCAAAAGACAGAAAAUUUUUUCUUUUUUUCCUUUCAAUUAUUUUUGUGUUUUGGAUGAACAAGAAAAAUAGAAAAUAACCAAAAGUUUCUUCUAUGCAAAAAUAUACGCUUGCAGGGAAGAAGAAGAAGAAGAAGAAGAACUUGAAAAACUGAAAUGCAAAGAACAGGGGAAGAAGAAGAAGAAGAAGAAGUUAAUUGCUUUACAUAUUGGAAGUGGCAGAGAGAAUUAAUAAAAGUCUCAAGAAAUUCCACAGAAAGGUGAUGACUUGAGCCUGUUUGUUUCCCGAGAAUGAUUCCAUUUUCCCACGGAAGAAAUUUCUCUCUCAUCAUUUUCAUCCUCUUCAUCGCAAUUCUUGUUUCUUCUUCUUCAAUGGAAGCUCGCAGCUCAACAAUCUGCGACAGGUCAUGCCCUAGUGGAAACGGGAAAUCACCGAACACAGUUCCGUUUCCGUUCGGCUUCUCCGAUGGCUGCGAAAUUCGAUUGAACUGCUCCUCAUUCGGCGAGACCAAAAUCGGCGAGUUCGUGGUUCAGAACUUCACGGCGAGCAGCGUGUUCGUCAAUCUGUCGGCCAAAUGCGACCGUCCGAUCGAGUCGAUCAAGCCGCUGUUUGGUCGGAACUAUGGGCUGACCUGGGAGAACAGUCUUCUCCUCCAUGACUGCGAGUCAAAGAAGCUCAAUGGCUGCCUCGUUCCGAUGAGCGUCGUCGAGAAGAGGCUCAGAUUGGAGGACAAUUGCAGCACUUCGGCUUCGAACAAGAACGAUUCUUCGCUCAACUGCUUCUCUCAGGAUUCCGCCGCCGCGGCGGAUAUUAUGGACUUCGCGGAGGUGAACAACACCUCGUGCAAGUCGUUGUUUACCUCGAUCGCGGUCAAUUCCGGCGGCGACUCGCCGUACUCGCUUGAGUUUCAGAGACUUGAAUUAGGUUGGUGGCUCAACGGAUUGUGUAGAAACAAACGCGCUGAGUUCUGCCAUGCGAACGCUACUUGUGCUAACGUCACUCUUCCCGGCGGGAAAUUAGGGUUCCGGUGCUAUUGUCCGAAGGAUUUUAACGGCGACGGAUUCGCCCGCAGUCGCGGCGGCUCCGGUUGCUGGAAAGAUUCAGACUGCAAUCCUCGAAAGUACUUGUCUGGCAAAUGUGGUGGAAUGAGUAAAGUUGUUGUUCUUGUUAUAGGGAUUAUAUCUGGAGCUGUUUUGAUGGCCUUUCUAACUUGCCUCUGUCACUUUGUCCGACACCGCUCGACUUGUUUGAAAAACCGGAUGAGUGCAAAGCGCCUUCUAUCUGAAGCAGCAGGCACUUCCAGUGUUGCUUUAUACCCCUACAAAGAGAUUGAAAAGGCCACCAAUGGAUUCUCGGAAAGUCAAAGGCUUGGAACUGGAGCCUUUGGUAUGGUUUAUGCGGGGAAGCUCCAUAAUGAUGAGUGGGUUGCCAUUAAAAAGAUCAAACAUAGAGAUAACGACGGGAUUGACCAAGUAUUGAACGAAAUCAAGCUUCUCUCCUCUGUGAGCCACCCGAAUCUGGUGCGCCUUCUUGGUUGCUGCAUUGAGCAAGGUGAACAGAUCCUUAUAUAUGAAUACAUGGCUAAUGGAACUCUUUCUCAGCAUCUACAAAGACAGAGGGGUAGAGGGCUUCCAUGGACCACACGGCUCACCAUUGCCGCCGAAACUGCGAAUGCUAUAGCAUAUCUCCACUCUGCUGUGCACCCACCAAUUUAUCACCGGGAUAUUAAAUCCAGCAAUAUACUCUUGGAUUUCAACUUCAAGUCAAAAGUAGCAGAUUUUGGGCUUUCCAGACUCGGCAUGACAGAGUUGUCACACAUAUCCACAGCCCCACAAGGAACUCCGGGCUAUGUUGACCCUCAAUACCAUCAGAAUUUCCACCUCUCUGAUAAAAGUGAUGUCUAUAGUUUUGGAGUAGUUUUGGUUGAGAUAAUAACAUCGCUGAAAGUGGUCGACUUUAAUAGACCUCAAAGCGAGGUGAACUUGGCUGCACUUGCUGUUGAUAGGAUUGGUAAGGGCUGUGUGGAUGACAUAAUAGAUCCAUUCAUUGAACCACACAGGGAUGCUUGGACACUUUAUUCUGUUAACAAAGUGGCCGAACUCGCCUUCAGAUGCCUUGCUUUCCACAGUGACACAAGGCCUUCUAUGAUGGAAGUGGCAGAGGAACUUGAACAGAUCAGGCGGAGUGGGUGGGCAACAUUAGAGGAAAACAUAUUUGCAUCAUCAGUGGUGUCCUCUUGUUCGUCGCCUUAUAAUGGGAGCGAGUCACUGGGUAGUACCGUGUCUAAGAAGGCAGGAAUAGGGAGUCAGAGAUUGAUUGUUCCCCCAAGAAUAGACGAUAGCCUGGCUUCUAUGGAGGAGGAGCAGGAAAGCUCCCCUGUUUCUGUGCAAGAGCCAUGGUUCAGUGAGCAGAGUUCACCAUCAACAAACAGCUUGCUGGGUAACGUAGUACGAUGACUUAAAAUUACUUUGUUAUUUUGGGCUCGUAGCUUCAUAUCUUCAUGUGAAUAGUGAAUACCAUUAGAUGUAUUUUACUCCUCUUAGCCCUUUACUGCUCAUAUAAUGUACUCCUUAUAGGUAUCAUUUUAUAUGCUUGGCCAUAAGUAUCCUCUCUCCCUUAGUUCUCUGUGAAUCAUGCUAUAGAGACACUUGUAUUCACCAAAUAUUACUUGUACACAGACCAAGAGAAUUGAUUUUGAAACUCUAUUCAGUCGGUUAGCAUGUCAUUCAUAUGUGAUAUGUUUGGAAUUAGAGGCUGCUCUCACAACAAAAAAAAAAAAA